GUUGUUUAAAGUAAAAGAAAAAGAGACUAAAUUUAAAAAAUGCCUGCGAUUUCAAAUAAAGAUAAUGUUUUAACAUAUAAAGGGAGUAAUUUUUUAAGACAACGUCUUCUAUUAUCAACCUUAAGUGGAAAAGCAGUGAGAAUUAUUGAAAUAAGACAAUUAGAUCAUGAACCUGGUUUGAAAGAAUUUGAAGUAAGCUUAAUACGCUUACUUGAUAAAGUUACAAAUGGAACAACGGUAGAAUUAAAUGAAACUGGUACUUCCUUGUACUAUAACCCAGGAUUAUUAAUUGGAGGUUCUAUCGAACAUGAAUGCUCCUUACAGCGAGGAAUUGGAUAUUAUUUAGAAGUACUAAUGUGCCUUGGACCUUUCUGCAAAGUACCAAUAAAUGCUACACUCAGGGGAAUCACUAAUAGUCCCAUGGAAAUAUCAGUGGAUCACUUUAAAUCGGCGGGGUUAUCAUUACUCAAAAGAUUUCUUGUAGUUGACGAUGGUUUAUAUUUUAAAAUAAAUAAACGUGGUAUGCGACCACUAGGAGGUGGUGAAGUUACGUUUAAAUGUCCUGUACGUAAACAAUUACGUCCUAUACAAUUUAUGACGUAUGGAAAAGUGAAACGAAUUCGUGGUACAGUGUAUGUUUGCCGAAUGUCACCUGCAUUUGCAAAUCGUAUGGUUGAUACUGCUAAGGGUGUCAUGCUAAAGUUUUUACCUGAUGUUUAUAUAAAUACAGAUCCGUAUAAAGGUAAAGAGGCUGGAAAAAGUACUGGAUUUGGUAUUAAUUUAGUUGCUGAGACGAAUACAGAUGUUUUUUAUAGUGCGGAACAGAUAUCAAAUGUAGCAAAUGAAGGUGCUGAUCUUUCAAUACCAGAAGAUUUAGGUGAAUCAUGUGCAAAUAAAUUAUUAGACGAAAUUUUCCGUGGAGGAUGUGUAGACUCAGCGUAUCAAUAUGUAGUUGCCUUAUUUAUGGCAUUAGGACAAAAAGAUGUCUCAAAAUUUGUAAUUGGUCCUUUGUCUGAGUACACAAUUACUUUUUUACAACAUUUAAGAGAAUUUUUUGGUGUUACUUUUAAACUUGAUCAUCAAAUUGAUGAAGAUGAUGAUGAUGAAAAUGGUGUCAGUCAAGGAGCUGAUAAGGUUAUAUUAACUUGUAUUGGUAUUGGAUAUACGAAUUUGAAUAAAAGAGUUUUAUAAAUU